AUGCAGCAGUAUUUAUAUAAUGAUUAUAAAGUUAAUUUGCAUGUCCUUGUACAUAUUGUAAAACAAAAAAAGAAAAUCCAUAAUAAUCACAACAUGAUUAUAAUUAGAUUAAAGGAGAGAAUGAUACAUUAAAAUAAGAAAUCUAGUCAUAAUAACUUUAACUUAAUUACAUGAAUUAAAAAGGUAAUGGUAAUCAUUCAAUUUUAAAGUCCAUGAAUGUCAAUAAAUAUACAAAGAUAAUUAACAAAUGAAAAAGACAUUGGAUUAAAUGAAUCAAUCAAUUAAAGAUUAUGAAGAAGAGAUCUAAAGGUAUAAAUAAGUAAUUGAUCGAUUAAAUUUGGAUUUAGAUAAAGUUAAACGAGAUAAUGAAUAAUUAAUAUCUGCUUUAAAUGAAAUAAAACAAAAAGGAUUGACAUAAGAAUAAAGUUUAAUUUAAGAAAAUUAAAGAAUGAGAUCUACAAUUGAUGGAUUGAAUAAUGAAUUGAGAAAUCUUUAAUAAGAAUUAUUUAGAUUAAAAUCACUUAACGAAAAAUCAAGAUACAUUUAAGAUGAAUCACUUCAUUAUCAAUAAGAAAAUUAAACUUAUUUAGCCAAAAUUAGAUAAUUAGAAAUGUAAAUUCGAGAUCUUAUUUAAAAAGAGGAAAGUUAUGUUUUAUAAAUUAAUAAAGUUAGUUAAGGAAAUAAUAAUGAAAUUAUGAUACUUAAAGAGUAGAAUAUUCAAUUAUAGCAACAAAAUACAUAAUUAUAAAAGUAAUAUUAAAAACAAUUAGAAGAUAUGAAUUAAGAACGAGAAAGGUUAAUCUCAGAUCAACGCAAUACAAUUAAUAUUUAAAUUAAAGAUUAAUUUUUAUAUUAAUAAUAGAAAUGGCAAGAUGAAAAGGAUGCUUUAUUACAUGAAAUUUAAUUGCUUAAAUAAUAAUUAACUUAAAAUGAAUAAUAAAUAUUAAGAAAAAGAUAAUAAUUAGAUGAUGAAGCUAAUAAAAAUCAAUAAUAUAUAUAAGAAUUGGAAUAAACUAAUACUCAAUUAUAAAGUAGAUUUAGAGAUUUUCAAGCAUAAAUUUCUUAAAUGGAAAGAGAUAAAAAUCGAUCUGAUUAAUAUAUUCGAAAGAAUGAUGAAUUAUUAUCAUAAUUAGAUUAAUUAUAAAGAAAAUUAUAAGAUUUAACUAAUAAACAUAAUAAUUUACUAUAAUAAUAUGAAUACCAGAAAAAUCAAAUUGAACAACUGAAUAAUUAAUUAAGUGUGGUUUAGGAUAAUGAUAAACAGAAAAUAAGCCAUUUAGAAAAAUAUAUUAUUGACCUCCAAGAUAAAUUGGCAGAUAUGCAAAGACUUCGAUAGCAGUUGAAUUAGAUGAAUGAGAAUUAUUCUGCUUUACAAUUAACAUUUAAAACCUCAUAAAGGUAAUUAUCAGAUGCAGAAGAACUGAAAUAAGAAUUAAAUUAAUUAUAGAAAGAAUUAGAUUAUUACAAGUAAUAAGAUCUUAAAAGCAAAUAGGAUUUGGAUUAAUAUAAAUCAUCUUUAAUGAAUAUGGAAAAAAAAUAAAAUUAAUCAUUCAAUUUGGAAUUAGAUAAACUUAGAAAUCAAAACCAACAAUUAAAUGAUGAAAUCUAUGAUUUAAGAAAUGCUAAUAAAUAAUUGCAAAACAAAUAUUAAUAAGUUUACAAUGAUUUAUAGGCUUAGUAAGCAUAAUCAGAGAGAUAAACUUAUGCAUUAAAUGAAAGUAAUUAGUUGAAAGUCAGGAUUAAAGAAUUGUUAGAUUAAAUAUAAUAUCAGUAGAUGGAAAUUAACAAGAAAGAUAAAUUAUUACAAGAAUUUCAAAUUAAGCUUGAUCAAUAAAAUAAGAAAAAUGAUUCAAUCAUCAUUUUAGAAAAGGAAAGAAAAGAUUUUGAAUUUAGAAUCGUAUAAUUAGAAAAACAAUUAGCUAAUUCAAACAUCUACAAAUCAUAGUUAGCAGAGUUGUAAAUUUAAUAUGACAAUUUAAGAAAAGAUUAUGAAUUAUUAAGGGUCAGAUUCGAUGAGGUUAAUAACGUGUAGAAAAUAUAAUUGUUAGAAAAAUAAUUGGCAGAGAUUUCUAUAUAUAAAACAUAAUAUUUAGAACUAUAGACCAAAAAUACUAAUUUACUUUAAGAGUAUGAGAGAUUGAAAAGGGAAUAUGAUUUGAUAAAAUCAAAAAAUGAUGAGGCUAAUUAUUUAUUUAAAAUAAAUUAAUUAGAAAAAUAAUUAUAAGAAGCAAAUAUGUAUAAAAAUAAUGAAGCUAAUUAUUUGUUUAAAAUAAAUCAAUUAGAAAAGUAAUUAUAAGAAUUAAAUAUUCUAAAAAAUAAUGAAGCUAAUUAUUUGUUUAAAAUAAGUUAAUUGGAAAAAUAAUUAUAAGAAGCGAAUAUGUAUAAAAAUAAUGAAACUAAUUAUUUAUUUAAAAUAAGUUAAUUAGAAAAGUAAUUGUAAGAAACAAAUAUUCUAAAAAAUAAUGAGGCAAAUUAUUUACUUAAAAUAAAUUAAUUAGAAAAGUAAUUAUAAGAAUUAAAUAUCCUUAAAAAUAAUGAAGCUAAUUAUUUACUUAAAAUAAGUUAAUUGGAAAAGUAAUUAUAAGAAGCAAAUAUAUUUAAAGUUUAAAAUAUUGAAUUGUAGAAUACAUAUUAAAGAGCAAUACAAGAAAGUGAAAAAAUAAAAAAAGAAAAUGAAUAAUUAAGGUUUAAAAUUGAAGAAUUAAACAAUUAAUUGAUGAUUUCAAAAAGACAAAUAACAAUAUCAUUUAAUUCUGAGAUAGAAGCACUUAAAUCUGAAAUGUAAACUUGGAUUUUAAAAUGUAAAACAUAUGAGAAUGAAAUAAACUUUUUGAGAUCUUCAAUAACUGAUUAUUAAGAUAGUGAAAAUGAUACAAAUUUAGUGAAAUAAGAAUUAGAAAGAUGGUAAAUGAAAUGUAAAGAAUUGGAAAGAGAAAAAUAAUAACUAUAGUAAAAUUAUUAUGAAUUAGACAAAUUGAGAUAUAAAAUAAAUGAUUUAGAAAAAGAUAAUUAAUCUUAUUAAUUUAAAAUAAUAAAAUUAGAAAAGGAUAUAGAGAGUUCUCACUAAUAGAUGAUAAUUUUAGAGCAAAAUAGAGCUUAGUAUGAUAUGAUGAAAAAAGACUAUGACAUAUUAUAAUUAAAAUUGUAAGAAUCAGAAAGAUAGAAACCUUAAGUAAAAAAUGAGAUUGAUAUACUUCAAUAGCAAUUAUAUUAGACAAAAUAAUAAUUUUAAAAAUUAGAAUAAGAGAAGAAUUAAUCCAUAUUGAAGUUUGAAGAAACAGAGAGAGAGAGAUAAGGAUUAAGAUAAUAAUUGUUAGUUUUGAAUAGUACAAGAUAAGAAUUAGAGAAUGUAAGAAGAGAAUAUGAAAUAUUGAUUUAGAAGAAUGAACAAUUUGAAAGAGAGAUAAUUAAUUUAAGAUAAUAGUUAUAAAUUUUAAAUAGUUAAAAAGGAGAUUUUGAAAGAAUUAAGGUUGAAUAUUCUUAAUUAAGAAUGAAUUUUGAGGAGUAGGAUAGAGAGAGAUUAUCUUUAAGAUCUUAAUUAUAAUUAACAUCUAAUUCUAAAAAUGAAUUAGAGAAAUAUCGAUCAGAAUGUGAUAUUUUAAGAAUGAAUUUAGAGGAGUGUGAAAAGGAAAAAUAUUAAAUAAAAGGAUAAUUACAAGGUCAUUUAUUAAACGUUAAUUCUUUAAAGGAGUAAAUAGAAAUAUUGAAUAAAGAAAUAGGAUAAUUUUAAUAAGAAUAGAGUUAAUUUAAGAAAUAGGAAUUAGCAAUGAGAAGAGAAUUAGAAAUGUCGAUUUAGCAGAUGGAUAUAUUGAAAAAGGAUCAAUAAAGCAAGUAGUAAUAAAUAUAUGAGUAUUAAUUUAAAUACUAAGAGAUUCUUAAAGAAUUUGAAGUUUUAUAAAGUAAAUAAGUUAAUGUAGAUGUUGAUGCAUUGAUGUAUGAGAUAUUUGAAUUAAAGAAAUAAUUGGCUUAAAAAGAUAAUUAAUAUGAAUUUGAGAGAUAGGAAUAAAUGUAACAGAAAUUGCAAUAGGAGAAAAACAUAAAGAUAAAAGUUGAGUAGGAAUUAAAGAAAGUGAUUGAGAAUCAUAAUUUUGAGAUGAAUGAAAUAAGAAAGUAAAUCUAGAUAGAAAAGUAAUAGAAGUUAUAGAUUGAAACUGAUUUGAGAUUAAAAUAUGAAUAAGAAAUAUUGAUUUUGUAGAAAUAAAUAAAACCAUAAGUAGAUGUAGAUGCAUUGAUGUAUGAUAUUUUUGAAUUAAAGAAAUAAGUUGUUACAAAAGAUUAAUAAUUGGAAGAAUUGAGAAAGGAAUAGUAUUAAAUUCGUUAAUAGAUUGAAUAACAGUUCAAUUAGAGACGGAUAUAGUUUGAAUAGGAGUUAAGAUUUAAAUUGGAAAAGGAAUUAAGAAUAUCAAUAGAAAGGGAAAUAAAAUUUAAAUUUGAGAACGAAUAUAGAGUAGAUAAUAAUAUUUAGGAUUAUAUUUUGUAGAUAGAUAAAUGGAAAUCCGUUUGUUAAAUGAGAGAUGAAGAGAUUACUCAUAUGAGAGGCUUAUAAUAAGCUUUGAAGGAGAAAUUGAAUUAAUAUUCUUCAGAAAUUGAAUCAUUGAAAACAUAAUUAGCAAUAAGUUAAGGAGAGAAAAGGAGAGGAUAUUAAAUACAAUGA